AGAAAGGGAGGGAACGGAGGAUACGGGACGAACGAAAGUGCCGGCAGUUCGCAGAGAGAGUGGAGGAGCGCACCCAUGGGUCUGUCUGACCCCCCCCGGUUUUUAGCCCCAUGGUCAGUCUCAGCCCCGAGCGGGACCACACAGUGGGUAUAAAACCAGCCUCUCUCUCCCUCUGAUCUGAGCAACAUGGAUUACCUCAUCUCCAGGGUCCUCUGCAUGGUCUGCUGGCUAUUUACAGGAACGGCAGCGGAGACGGCGGACUUGACGCUCCUGAACUCGGCCCCCGUGGGGCCCCUGGGGCCCGGCCGCGAUUGGUCGCUGCGCUGUGUCAGCGGCGACUGGAGAGGCGGGACUCUGCCCAGCAUAGGGCGGGACUACCCAGGGGACCCCCAGAACCUGCCGGCCGUUCAGGACCCCGACUACAGAGCGGCCACCAAGGUCACCCUGAAACCCCAAAACAGCUUUGGAGCGUUCUACUGCAGGAAGGGAAGGGGAGACUCAGCAAGUCAGGUGUACACCUUCAAGAUGCUAACGAAAGCGGCCUUCCUCCCAGAGGCGUUAACGAUCACUGCCAGCUUGGGAGAGGACGUCAACAUUUCCUACACGCGCCGGAGAGCUGUUGCAGAGGACGCGGUCAUACACAAAAACGAGACCUUUAUCUACUCUGUGCCGAAUUUUGAGCUGUCGGAGACCCUGCACUACCCAGUCAACGCCGUGGGGUUGGAGCAGUCGGGCCUGUACACUGUCAGAUACAUCUCUGAGAACGUGUCCUCCUCCGCCAUCACCCGGCUGAUAGUAAGAAAAUGCCCUGCAGGAUCGUGGGGACCGGGCUGUUCUGAGGCCUGCCUGCCAUGCACCAAUGGGGGCAUCUGCCAUGACGAGACUGGAGAAUGCCUCUGUCCCCCUGGGUUCAAAGGUCACACCUGUGAAAUCGUGUGUGGCCCGGGCCGGUUUGGGAGAGCCUGUGAGGAGCGGUGUCAGAACGGAUCCUGCCACUCCGUGGUGUUCUGCUCACCCGACCCGUUCGGCUGCUCCUGUGCCGCUGGCUGGAGGGGCCUGGACUGCAGCGAGGCUUGCCCCCACGGUUACUAUGGCGCUGGCUGCAGGCUGAAGUGUGAGUGCGGAGACGCAGGGGUGUGUGACCGUUACCGUGGCUGCGUGUGUGGGGGGCGGCACGGAGCCCGCUGUGAGAGAGCAGAUCUGCCCGCACCCACAGGGGUGAAGCUGGUCCCCGUGAGCCAGACCUCUCUGAGCCUGUCCUGGGACGGUCCAGCCAAAGAGGCGUGGCACUAUCAGGUGGAGUGCUGGCAGACAGGCCAGCCUGGGAGCUCUGUGGUGUACCAGCAGCCCCACAAUGCCACAGUCCUGCAGCUCACAGGACUGCUGCCCAAGAAGAAGUACGAGUGUGAAGUCUUCAUGAAGACCCAUUCAGUGGGAGUGUACAGCCCACUGGUGUCUGCGUGGACAUUCAGCAACGAGCUCCCACCGGCUCCGUUCAACAUAAAGACCUGCAACAUCACCGACUCCUCCGCCAUCAUCACCUGGUCGCUGGAGGAGGGAAACUCCAUUUCUGCCGUCACGAUCCGCUUCCAGGACCUCGCCAUGGCGGACUAUAAUCAGCUGGCGGAGAUCAACGUGCAGGAGGACCCGGCCAUGCAGGUCCAGCUCCGCGGCCUGAAGGCCGACACCACCUACGCGGUGGAGCUCUGGGCCCGGAACAACGUGGGGGUCAGCCUCAACAGCCCCCGCCUGCACGUCACCACCACCCAGCACCAGGAGAGCUCCUUGCUGCAGGGACUGGGCGGAGACGGGAACAUGCUGUUCUUCGCCAUCCUGGGCUCUGCUGGACUCACCUGCAUUACCAUCCUGCUGGCAUUCUGCAUCGUGCUGCAGCUGAAGAAGGCCAGCCUCCAGCGCCGAGCGGUGCAGGCCCUGCAGAACCAAGAGAGAGACGAGCCGGUGGUGCAGUUCAGCUCGGGGUCUCUGAACAUGAAGAAGCCACAGAUACCCACGGAGUCGGUGGCCUACCCCGCCCUGGAGUGGAACGACAUCAAGUUCCAGGACGUCAUCGGCGAGGGAAACUUCGGCCAGGUCCUGAAGGCCCGGAUUAAAAAGGACGGGAUGAGAAUGGAUGCAGCGAUCAAGCGAAUGAAAGAAUACGCCUCUAAAGACGACCACAGGGACUUUGCUGGCGAACUGGAAGUGCUCUGCAAACUUGGGCAUCACCCCAACAUCAUCAACCUGCUGGGUGCCUGCGAACACAGAGGGUACCUGUACCUGGCCAUUGAGUUCGCUCCUCACGGGAACCUGCUGGACUUCCUGAGGAAGAGCAGGGUCCUGGAGACGGACCCCGCCUUCGCCAUCGCCAACAGCACCGCCUCCACCCUCUCCUCCCAGCAGCUCCUCCACUUCGCCGCCGACGUGGCCCGGGGCAUGGCCUACCUGAGCCAGAAACAGUUCAUCCACAGAGACCUGGCAGCCAGAAACAUUCUCGUGGGGGAGAAUUAUGUGGCAAAAAUAGCAGACUUUGGUCUCUCUCGAGGACAGGAGGUUUAUGUAAAGAAGACAAUGGGGAGAUUACCUGUCAGAUGGAUGGCAAUCGAAUCCCUGAACUACAGCGUUUACACCACAAACAGUGACGUAUGGUCAUAUGGUGUUCUACUGUGGGAGGUUGUAAGCUUAGGUGGGACGCCGUACUGUGGGCUUACCUGUGCAGAGCUGUAUGAGAAGCUUCCUCAGGGCUACAGGCUGGAGAAGCCGCUGAACUGUGAUGACGAGGUGUAUGACCUGAUGAGACAGUGCUGGCGGGAGAAGCCGUACGAGAGGCCGUCCUUCGCCCACAUCCUGCUGUCACUCAACAGGAUGCUCGAGGAGCGCAAGACGUAUGUCAACACCACCCUGUAUGAAAAGUUCACCUACGCUGGCAUCGACUGCUCUGCAGAGGAAGCGGGGUAGUUCUGCUCUUCCCCACCAUUGUAUCAGACAUGUAAAUAACAGUGUCAUGGUUCAAAAAACAAAUCAAACAUCAUUCCUUCCUUGUUUUUUCAUUUAAUUUAAGGACCUCCAUUUUUGUAAAUUUCUGAUAAUUUUCAUAUAAUAAAAAAACCUGUCACAAAUGUAUCACUACAACCCUAACCAUGCAAAUGAGCUGAUACCUGACAAUCCACUGAAGAUGGCAACUUCAAACACUAGUUUGUAAAGAUAUUGGAAAAGUAUGCUUUUCUUCACAUGUACUUCAAACAAAAAGGCAAUUUUCUACAUUUCUACUUGUAUAUAGAUGGCUUCAUAUUAAAGAGCAUUUCUGUG